AUGGUGCUCAACCUCCUCCUGGUCCCUCUCCAGUCGCACGCCUUCCCCACCGGCGGACUGUGCCUCGACUCGGAGCGCGUGGUGCACGCCACCGGUCAAGUCGCUCUCGGAGUCUCCUUCGACCAAACCGGCUUCGAGCGUGCCCGCGACGGCAGCACGAUCUCAUUCGCUGGUGCGGCGCCGGUCGCGUACUCGUUCGCGUGCAUGGAUGAGGCUGACGCGGCGUUCCUCUUGGAAGAGGCGGAGAGCAUUAUCCGGCAUCUCGAGCCGCUCGAGACGCCGCGACGCGUGUGCAAUCAAGGCCGCUACGACUGCAACUGCGUCUACGACGUGACGCGGCCGUGCAACUUCCUGACGUCAGGAACCAUCGUCACUCGCCGCCUCGAGCGUACUUCAGCACGGCGAGUGACGACAAAAAGGUACUCGUACUUCAACAUCAACGAGACGGCACUCGACGUGUUCCGGCGGGCCAUGGCUGACAACGUGAUCCCGUUCCUCCGCGCGCGCUACCCGUGGCUGCGCCUCUCUCCCUUCUCGUUCCCACUCCGAUCGAACCUCUUCCUGUCCGUGUACGACGUGGCUGCUGCUGCUGCCGGCGGGUCGGGGCACGUUCAGGUGGGGACGCCGCCUCACCAAGACGGGGCGGUGCACCCCCACGGGAUCCGACAGACCGUCAUCGUCGAGCUCAGCGAUGCCUCUUCGUACGAGGGCGGCGGCACGCGCUACAUCGACGAUUCGGGCGACGUCGUGAUUCGGCAGGGCCGUGGCACCUGCGCCGUCCACGACGGCUCGGUUUGGCAUGCGGGGCACAGCGUCACCCACGGGCGCCGCGUGGUGCUCGUCGCCCAGUUUCUCGUUGGCCCAAACGUGAUCGAUGCUCGGCCGCACACCGCCGCAACUGAUCAGGAGGGCGCUCAGACCUCGGCGUUCCAGCGUGCAAAGCAGGUGCUGAAGCAGCGCGCUGAGUCGCUGGCGCUCCAGCGCGCAAACCAAGUGCUGGUGCCUGCUAAAGCCGCCCGCCUGCCGCAAUGCCGUUCGAUGGCCAAGACCGCGGACGGCGGAGAGGAGGGGACGGUCAUGGACGCAGUCGCAUCCACGCUCAUGUACUGCUACCGCCAGAUCUCCAGGGCCUAUCUUGGUCCUCGAGUCCAGGUCCUCGUGGCGUAG